AUAGGUCUAAGGAAGAAAAAUCGCAUAAAUGUUGUGGGAACCUCGAUCUCUUCGAAAAAGUGUUUAAACCGAUGAAAGGAUUAUCGAAGGAUUUGGAACGAUCGAGAAGGAAAAAACGAGCGUUUUCAUUAUUCGAUACCUUGAUCUCUUUGAGUAUCGUUGCUCCUUUAUCGAUCGGCUUUUGGAGGGGUGUAUGGGCAAGCAUGGAUCAUCAUGCAGAAUUGUUUCCUAGCUGGUUUUGUUUUACGUUCGGCGCAGCUUUGCACACAGCAUACACGAUUUUCAAAGAUCAAUUUCACAACGUUUACAUGAAGAAGUGGGCUAAAUUAAAUUGGCGAAAACGACUGCGUUAUCGGGCUUUACGAAUUCUGUAUACUUACACCUUUGGAAUGGCAUGCAUCGCGCAUUGGCGGGGUAGUUGGAUCAUCAUCGAUAAUCAUCUAUUUGUGCACACAUGGAUAACAACGUCUUUGACAUGCUCGCUGCUGGUGUGCCUGGCGAUUCUACGUUCCGUUCGCAACUUGAUAGCAACCCCAUUGAUAAUUCUCAUCGACACGCCUUGUUGCGUUUUUAAAUUUCCUACUAGAUACAAUAUGGUAAGUUAAACAUGGAAUAAUCUAGUUCAGUUUCUUGUCUUCGUUCUCGAUAAGAUCUAAGAUAUAUAUCUGCGAACACGUAUUUGUGAUUUGUGACGUUUCAAGGAUAAUAGCAGUUAUAUAAACGCAUUUAUGCAAAUUUUUGUACAUACUUGUGUGUAAAAAAGAGCCAAUAUAUGAUUAUGAUUAAAUUAUUA